AUGUCAUCUUCAGGCAAAUACGAGACCUCAUUGUCGUCAGAGACUCAUCCUCGAAGCCACAUUCCGGACUGGAAGUGGAAGGGAACUCUUACAGUCCUCGUUCUGACAACCCUCAUUAAUGGCUAUGAUGUGAGCAAUGUGGCCAACAUCCAGCCCGCCCUUUACAAGGCCUUCGGCAACAUUACGCUUCUGCCAUGGAUCGGCCUGUCCUUCAGUCUUGCUAUGUUUGCUGUUUUGUCCUUCUCCCGGAAGAUCAUGUAUUGUGUCGACCUGAAAUGGAUCUAUAUUGCUAAUGUUGUGAUCUUUAUGGCUGGUGCUGCUGUAGCUGGUGCAGCAUCCGAUCUCCCUGCGGUCAUAGUUGGCCGGGUCAUCAUGGGUGUCGGUGGUGCUGUCGUUUACCAAAGCAACUUGACAUUUGUUGCCGUCUUUGCCACGCCCGAUGAGACUCCUCGUCUAUUCGGUCUUCUGAGCGCAACGUGGGCUGUGGGUCUUGUUCUUGGAGGUCCUAUAGGGUCCGCUCUUGCCUCGAACAGACACACUACCUGGAGGUGGGCUUUCUACAUGAACCUACCUUGGGCGGGUCUCAGUCUUGCACUUGCCAUUAUCUGCCUUCCUCGCAAAUACCUAGGGCCAGACAGUUCGUUGCUCUCCAGGUUGAUGGCGAUAGACCCCAUCGGCAUUGCGUUCAACAUGGCGGCCCCGGCACUAUUUGCCCUUGCACUGGAGUUCUCCGGUCCUGUGUGGCACUGGGGGUCUGGCGCAUCCAUCACAGUCUGGGUGAUUUUCGGGGUGGUUCUGAUUGGAUGGGUCGUCCAACAAUAUUGGUGCAUUGGCACGACUUCUGAGCAACGCGCCAUCCCCAUUCACUUACUCGGCCGAGUUGAUCUGCUUCCACUCUGGAUCGCGUCUGGCUGUGCGGGUGCUUCGUAUGCCAUCACACUCUACUACAUGCCACUCUUCUUCGCAUUUGCUCACGGCCACGAUGCCAUGGGGCAAACUAUCCGCCUUCUUCCUUUUGUUCUAGUUUUCAUCACCGUGGUCAUGCUCGUCGGGGGGUUGCUCCCGGUCUUUGGCCGUUAUAACUUGAUCUACAUCGUCGCGGGCAUUGCAACUGCCGCGGGGGCCGGUGCUAUGGCUGGCACCCUGAGUCCUAGUGUCUCCGAAUCCCAGGUGUUAGGCCUGGAAGCACUCAUUGGCAUCGGUCUUGGCUGUUCGUUCCAGCACGGGGUCGGUAUUUCGAAUGUGAUAAACAAGAACCCACGCGAUCGUGUCGACAGCGCGGUCAUGUUCAACAUGGCACAAAUGGGUGGAAUUGUAAUUGCUCUGGCGGUUGCCGGCUCUAUUUACCAGAAUGUUGGAUACAGCCUGCUGACAGACGCCAUUGGGGAUAGCGGGUACUCAGAAAAAGACCUGCGUGAAGCGCUUGCAGGUGUAUCGUCAGCAGUGUGGCAGUCCGGCAACCCGGAGGUUCGUUCUCUUGGGAUUGAUGCCGUGGCCGAGGUGAUUGGACGGGAGUUUUAUGUGGUGGUGGCCGGAGGUACAAUCUGUCUCCUCUGUGGGUUGGCGAUGAAGUGGGAACGAUUGGAUUAUAACAGGAAAAAGAGCAGCGAUGCCGAAACGUGA